AGACAUGUACUGGAAGUCAGCACACGGCAAAGACAUCAAAAUAAAGAUGGAAGUCUGCCAGAGUGGCUACUACUCGGAGGACUUUAGGACCCAGGAGGUGCCGGCGGGCUUUGACUUCGCGUCUUAUGACUACCCUGGUGAAGAUCUGUCUUUUCUGUUAGACAGCAAGCCGCCCGGACAGCCGCAGUAUCCUGUUGAGAGCUGCUACGCCGCGCUGCCCAAAGUUGGUUCCUCAAGCGACCUCUUCAACAUGGACUCGUACCAGGACUUCAACUGGUGGGCUUCGUAUCCUCAAGUUUGUCCUCCAGCAGACGGGCUGAUAGUGGAGCAGCCCCAAGCCGCCCCUCAGACCUAUCAGAGCCUGGGGCCACACAGCGGACAGUUCAGCCCGGCCGUGGAGGGCAGCCACAGCCCCUUCCUGACUGGGAAAGCAUCAAACGCGUCACAAAGCGAGUCAGAGUCCGGUUACUCCCGUCACUCGGGCGACGUCUACGACUCGGACGGUCAGAGGAGACCCUUUUGGUCCGAAUACUCCUCAGCCAGCUUCAGCACCGCCCUGCCACGCCCCUCCGCACCUUCCUUAGGCCCCGCCCCCGCCAGUCCUCAGCCAUCAGAGCAUUACUACCCCCGUGUGGUCAAACGCAAAAACCUUCCACGUCCCGAGAGGGACAGCCACAUGGCGGCCAUGUCCGCCUAUCCAGGUUCUGGCCCGAUCCAGCUGUGGCAGUUUCUACUGGAGCUGCUCCUGGACUCCACCUGUCGCACCUUCAUCACCUGGACCGGGGACGGCUGGGAGUUCAAGAUGUCCGACCCAACUGAGGUGGCCAAGCGCUGGGGUCAAUGCAAGAACAAACCCAAGAUGAACUACGAGAAGCUGAGCCGGGGCCUCCGCUACUACUACCACAAGAACAUCAUCCACAAGACGGCGGGCAAGCGCUACGUCUACCGCUUCGUCUGCGACAUCCAGGGCAUGCUGGGGAAGACGGCGCAGCAGGUUCUGGCCAGCCUCGACAUUUUGCAAAGCGGCACAGAGUCGUGGCCGUGCCACACGGACUCCACGGCAGCGGCGGGAGCAGCGGCCCCGCAGCACAGCAGCGAGGGAUGGGAGUGA